CCCUUGAAGACUUCGAAAAUGGCCGUCAAAGCAAAGGGAUUCUAAUCUACUGUCGAAUAAACGAUUUUGGGUGUGGUUUACCCAUUGUAAAUAAAUUGAGAUUGCUUCUUUGGCACGUCAUGCCACAUAUCACACAUAGUGAGUUUCUUCUAGAGCAGCUGAAGAGGCAGCAAGAGAGAAGCAUUCUGUGUGACUGCACAGUGGCAAUAGGACAAGCUCGGUUCCAAGCCCACCACAAUGUUCUAGCCGCUUUCAGCGAGUAUUUCUUUACGCUGUGUAUUCCUGACGGAAAAGAGGAUGCCACCAUAACUUUGGACCCAGAGUUGGUGAAUGGUGCUGUGUUUGAAAAACUAUUGAGUUAUAUAUACACAGGGGACUUAAAUAUGGACAGGGAAGAAACAGAAAGUAUUCAGAAAGCUGCAUCUUACCUUGGAAUGCCUAAGGUUGUUGCUUGCUGUUCCUUUAGCCAAGAUGAUACCAAAAGUGGUGCUUCACCCUUAAGGCUAACCGAGUAUUUAGAUCCACGAUCCCCCCUGAGCCCAGAUGACUAUGAACCUUUAGAGCCAAUCUCAGAGGUGGAGGAACGUGAGCGCAUAAGGGCAGAAAUGUCUAAAGAAGAUGGGUCUAAGGUUGAUUCUGCAUCUAUGGAUGAAGCCCAGUCAUCUAGCGAACAGACACCCCUCGGCAAAAGAGGGAGAAAACCUAAAGCCAGACUCUAUGAGGAUGACCUUGAAAGGGAGCAUAUUAGUGCUCAGAGAGGUAGAGGAAGAGGUACUGGUAGACCAAGAGGUCGCCCAAGAGUGAGGCCAUUGACUUCGAACUCAACUGGCCAAUCGCCAGGUCCGCAAACCUCAAGUACAAGCAGCGUAUUAGGAAGGGGAACUGGAAGGCCGAGAGGUCGCCCACGGAUGAGGCCGUUGUCCACUGACAGAGCUGACUCUGCUAACACUGAAGACAGUUCGGUAGCAACAACUAAGGAUCAAGAAGGGGUGACACCGCUCCGCAAAAGAGGGCGUCCUCGAAUCAGACCCCUGUCAUCUGAAACACCUGAGACCACUGGAGCAGAAGGAGAAAAUGGAGAUGAAGACCAAGGAGACAGCCAAGAAACUUUCAAAGACACUCUUGAGGAAGAUGGCGAUAAAACAAAUGGUGGUGAGGAAGAUAGUAGUAAGGCUAAGAGUGAUACGGAGAAUCCAGAAGUUGUGGUUGUCAAAAGAGGGAGACCAAGGACUAAGCCGUUAUCCACAGAGAACCAAUCUACAAACCCUGAGUCAGAAGCUACAAACAUUGAAGAAGGCUCAGAACCUGCCAAGAAGAAAGAGAACCAAGGGACACCACGUAAAAGAGGAAGACCUCGGUCCAAGCACCUUUCUUUUGAGACAACUGAGUCUUUAAACCCAGGAGAUGACGGAGAAUUCGUUGAUGAAGGCAAAAGCUCUGCGAGACACACCGAUGGUUGUACUGAGGAAGGUUCCUCUCUGGAAGGUACUGAAGGCGUAGACGAUUCAGUUUCAGGUCUUGGCAAUAAGGUCCGUACCAGCUGCAGAAAGAGAAGCUUGAGCAGAAAGCUCAAAGAAAGUCAAUUGAGUAAUGAGGAAGAAGAUGAAGAUGAUGAUGAUGAAUUUGGCAAUGACAAUGUGGACUGGGCUAAAGAAGAAGAGGUAAAACCCUUGCAGGAUAAACACAGGCCCAUUUGUAACGAAUGCGGGAACCUCUUCUCAGAGUUGAGCAGCCUGCGCAGACACAUGCGCAUACACAAGGGCAUCAAACCCUACCAGUGCCAGCUCUGCACCCGCUCCUUCAGACAGGGAAACCAGUUAAAGACCCAUAUGCGCAUACACACAGGAGAGAAGCCCUUCGGUUGUACGGCUUGCGAGGCACGUUUUGCGCAGAAGUGUCAGCUGGUCUAUCAUUGUCGAAUGCAUCACGGAGAAGAAAAGCCACACAAAUGUGAUUUCUGUACGGCGGCUUUUGCCACAUCUAGCAAUCUGAAAAUUCACAUAAGGAAACACAGUGGUGAGAAACCCUAUGAAUGUGGAGAGUGUGGGAAGCGCUUCACACAGGCCAGCACUCUGAUGUACCACAAGCGGCGACACACUGGGGAGAAACCGUACAUUUGUGACACCUGCGGCAUGUCCUUCGCUGUGUCCAGCUCGCUCAUCUCUCACAACAGGAAACACACAGGUGUGACUCCCUAUAUCUGCUUAGAUUGUGGUAAACCUUGCUUAAGUGCUGGUGAACUAAGAAAACAUAUGGACAUCCACAAUGGUUCAAGAAAAGUGAAUUGCAACCUGUGUGGGAACACAUUUUCAGACAUUUAUUCCUUGAAGAAGCAUAGUAUUUUGAAGCAUAAUGUUCUUCCAGAUCAAGAGCAGCAGACUCCUUUUAAAACCGACUCGACGUCUUGUCCUCUCAAUAUCCCCAUUGACCACCAGGGCCUGAUUGCGCGUGUGCGCUCUGCCCUUAUUGAUUCCCCAGAGCACGAAAUUCAGAUGGAGACCCAGUUGCCACUUUUGCCCCCAGAAGGCUCGCUCAUUAUCCAGCAGUCUGCAGAGCCUCAAAUGAUCAUACAGCAUGCAGACGGCACAGAACCAUCCAUGAUUUUCCAGCACGCUGAUUCAUCAGAAGCACCGGUGUUCAUUCAGCAUGGAGAAUCCGGCGAGCAAGUCAGCUAUGUUGUGGAGCAGUACGAAAUCCCUGGAACUGCUGAGAUGGAGCACACACAGAUAGUCAUUGUUCAGACUAUAGAUUAAAAUACCAGAUUUUACCUCCAUUUUUAAAAGUAUUCUCUCCUUAUAAGAUCUCCUUAUGUUAAAGGGGUAGUUCACCCAAAAAGUUAAAUUCUCUCAUUUACUCACCCUCAUGUUGUUCCAAACCUGUAUGAUUUUCUUUCUUCUGUGGAAAAGGUUUUUGACAGAAUGUCUUUCAUUGUAUGGGGGGAAAAGAGCAGCAUCAACAUGUUUCAUGUUCCACAGGAGAAAAGAGAAGAAAGGAUAUACAGAUUUGGGACGACAUGAAUGUAUGUGUCAGCAGAAUUUUCAUUUGUGGGUGAAUUAACUCUUUGAAAGUGUAGAUCUCAUGAGUUGUCUCCUAGAUGGCUAUCAUAGAGCUUUGGUUGGAUCAGACACUCCAAUGUGGAAGCGACAGCUAUUUGUUAUAAACAUCCCUUCAGAUCAGUUUUAUUUUUUUCAAAGCUUUUGAAUGAAAAAAUCUGGAAGAUAAUCAGUUGUAAUGAGUGUAAGUGUGUUUGCUUUUCCCAUUUUACGUAGCUGAUCAUAUUCAGAGCAGAAUCUGGAUCAUUAAAGGCAUCAAAUAUUAAAAAUGAAGGGAAGGUCAAACUUGGGAUUAGCUGUGAAAUAAAGAGCUGUGCUUGAAUCAUGCAUUUUGGUUCUUCAGUUGUAAAAAAAAUAAAAUAAAAGUACUUUUCUAUUUAAUUUGUUAGGAUGACAUGUUCAUACGUUAUCACUGGCAUUAUUGAUCUGAUAUUUUGAGCUGUGUUUGUCUUUUAGAAUUUGGAAAUGUAAAUACCCAUAAUGUUAUAUGACCCUGUCUCAGAACAAUUACCUAUAAAUUGUGAAAUUUGGUUCUUCUAACAAACUGGGUAGUCUUUUAUAAUAAAUCAUCCCACAUCAGAUUGAU